AUGUCUCUCCCCUGGAAGCUGAACCCCAACCUGGAAACUCGGUUCCAGGUCGGUGAAGUUAUCCAGGGGGUCUCUGAUCCUCGAAACAGCUUGUCGUCGUCAGCAAAUGGCUGCAUUGUCCCCCUCGCCUUCGAAGUUGCAGGGGAGCAAGGGUGUGAUGUUGAUAGUGCAAGUGGAACAGGUGAUGUUGAUAGUGCAAGUGGAACAGGUGAUGUUGAUAGUGCAAGUGGAACAGGUGAUGUUGAUAGUGCAAGUGGAACAGGUGAUGUUGAUAGUGCAAGUGGAACAGGUGAUGUUGAUAGUGCAAGUGGAACAGGUGAUGUUGAUAGUGCAAGUGGAACAGGUGAUGUUGAUAGUGCAAGUGGAACAGGUGAUGUUGAUAGUGCAAGUGGAACAGGUGAUGUUGAUAGUGCAAGUGGAACAGGUGAUGUUGAUAGUGCAAGUGGAACAGGUGAUGUUGAUAGUGCAAGUGGAACAGGUGAUGUUGAUAGUGCAAGUGGAACAGGUGAUGUUGAUAGUGCAAGUGGAACAGGUGAUGUUGAUAGUGCAAGUGGAUUAUGUUAUGACGAUAUUGCCAGUGGAACAGGUGAGGAAAAACAUUGCACGCAGCGCAAGCGAUGUAGAUAUUGCAAUUGA